GUACGAAGUGGAGUGACAUUGGGUAUAUGAGAAGAAUGUUCAGAAAGUGAUUGAGAGACAAUCCAGGGACCAGGACUUCAAGCCGGAUCACUCCAAGAUUUUAGGCACCAUGCCUCACCGCCUAGUAAUCGUUCGUCAUGGCGAGAGCUCUUGGAACCAGGAGAACCGCUUCUGUGGUUGGUUUGAUGCCGAACUGAGUGAAAAGGGAGUUGAGGAGGCUCGUCGUGGAGCACAAGCUGUACGUGACGCUGGGAUGGAGUUUGACAUCUGCUACACAUCAGUGCUAAAGAGAGCAGUGCGCACACUCUGGUAUAUCUUGGAUGGCAUUGACCAGAUGUGGUUGCCAGUGGUCAGAACCUGGAGGUUAAAUGAGCGACACUAUGGGGGUCUCACAGGACUCAACAAAGCAGAGACAGCUGAAAAGCACGGGGAAGAACAGGUGAAGAUCUGGAGAAGAUCUUAUGACAUCCCACCACCUCCAAUGGGAGAAGACCACCCUUACUACAAGCUUAUCAGCAAGGACCGGCGUUACGCAUCUCUUACACCAGCCGAGCUGCCCUCUUGUGAAAGUUUGAAGGACACUAUUGCCCGCGCCCUCCCCUUUUGGAAUGAUGUGAUUGCCCCACAGAUCCGCGCUGGGAAGAGAGUGCUGAUCGCUGCACAUGGCAAUAGCCUGAGGGGCAUUGUCAAGCACUUGGAAGGGAUGUCUGACGCUGCCAUCAUGGAACUUAAUCUCCCCACUGGAAUCCCUAUUGUGUACGAGCUGGAUGACAACCUGAAGCCAACUAAACCCAUGGCUUUCCUGGGAGAUGAAGAGACAGUGAAAAAAGCAAUGGAAGCUGUGGCUGCCCAGGGCAAAGCCAAGAAAUAGGCUGAUUUUGAUCUGUAGCAAUAACACAGGUUGAUGGACACAUGGGCAGAAACAAGGCCAUGCAAAGAGAUCGAAACCUGGAUUAAAGGGAAAAUCUGGUCACAUUGCAUUGGGAGGGUAUACAUAUAUAUGGACAGGAAAAUGUGCGCAAGGGAACAAGGUGGCACAUUGUAUAAAGACAAAACUAUAUAAGGGAUUGUGAGAUCACAGAGAAAGAACAAACACAGAAACAAUUAAACUUUCCUUAUAAUUCUUAGAACAGGCAGUUUCUGUGUUUGUGACGGAAAGCUCAGUCUCACACACUGUUAACAUAAGCUCCUGACCUAAUUAUUACACGUAGGGCUGUCAAAAAUAAAAUAAAACAAAAACUCCUGUUAAAUCUCAACAAUUUGGAGACAAGAAAAAUGUGGGAAGGUAAAUUCUCUAAUUUGAUCACGCACAGGAAUCUACCAGGACACAUCCUAAAACUGGAUCCUACCUUCAUUGUGCUCUAAAGUUUCCUAAAUCAUGAGAUGUAUGACUUGUUAGUAAUUAAACACACCUUGUGUAGCAAUGAACAUGAUUCCAUGCACAAUCGCAUGUCUCCUUACUUUGGUUCUUAUGGUUAUUGUUUUCUGUGAUUCUUAAAAAUAUCACACAAUCUUUUACUGUCCCCAUACACACACACAUAUUCUGUCCUAGUAAUAACACACAUUCUUCCCUGUUAAUUUAUACAAACAUUUAUCCUUUUGGCACAAUGCAUUUGUGUUAGUGUUACAUCCCCCAAAAUAUCUUAUUAGCUAAACACAAAUAUUCUGCACUAGUGAGUUACACACAUUCUGUCCAAUGAAUUGUGCCGUAUGUUCAUAUAUUGUUAGAGUUUUGACAAACAAAUCAUCGAUACUAGUGAUUACAAAUUGCCCUAGUGACCAAACACAUGUUCUGCCCUAGUGAUCCACACACAAUGUUCUAUUAAGCAUAGUCUUAGUGGUCACAUAUAUAAUCUUAGUGGUCAUCUUUUAGUGAUUUGAAAUAAUCCUAAUGAUCACAGACUGUACUGGUGAUGUAUCAAUUUAAUUAUGUUCUAGAAAAAUAUAUUUUGAUUCUAUUUCUCUCAUUAAACCUUACAUCAUGUAUUUAUGUCCCAAUAAACAAGAACUACAGCCAAA